UUGUACUACUCUUAAAAUAGUACCAUUUAACUAUUAAAUAAAUAGAGUCAGCAUUCAUUAGUCUCAUUUUAGUACAAAAAAAAUAAGAAAAGUAAAGAUCAUUUUCUCUCUAAGAGAGGUUACUCCGGCGAUAUUCCCAAAAAAAUAAAAUAAAACAAUGCCAUGCUUAUUCGAGUGUCAAAUUCAGAGUUGACCAUAACUCUUGGCAGGACACAAUCAGUGGUGUGUUUGACCAGUGUUGCGGUGGUGCUAUUGACUAGAGUAGUGAAGGUGUGUCUGCUCGAAAGACUAAAAUUACAUUUACAGGAUAAGGCAGAGAUUGAAAGAUAUAGAAGGAAGCUGGGCUUUAGGCAUGCAAUAAAAAAUUCCAAUGGAAAAAUAUGGCUAUUUGUGGAUGAAAUUAUUGAGGUGGAGGUGAUGAGUGAUGAUGAUCAACAGCUAACGUGUAGAUUGAUGAGUCAAGGUCUGGACAAAGAGGUGUGGAUUACGUUCGUGUAUGCUAAAUGUAAUCAAGGUGAGAGGCUUCAACUAUGAGAUGCUUUAUUUCAAAUAUCUCAUAAUCAUCAGGUACCUUGGUUAGUAGGUAGGGAUUUUAAUGUUAUUGUCAAUGAAGAAGACAAAAUGGGAGGCCAGCCUUUUAGUGAAGAAGAAACAAAGGAUUUUAUCCAUUGUAUUAAUACUUGUGUUCUUGAAGAUAAAGGGUUUAAAGGAAGUAAAUUUACUUGGUGGAAAGGGUGAAUGGAGGAAGACUGCAUUUUCAAAAGGCUUGAUAUAAUAUUGGUUAAUAAGAAGAUACAAGAAGUGUUUCCCAAAAUAGAGGUAGAGCAUUUGAUUAGAAGUGGUUCAGAUCAUGCUCCAUUGUUGAUUUCCUGUAGUAUUUGUUUUACGGAGAAAUUUUGACUCUUGAAAGAGAGU